CGUCCGAGGUCCGCUCCGUAAGUUCACAGCCCGGGUCUGGUCCCACCGCCGCACCGUCCAGCUCCGGAGCUUUUGCCGCCCGCCGGUCGCGGUCUGCGCGCCUCACGCUCCUCAGCCCCAGACCAGGGAGAAAUUCUCGGGGACAAGACCAAAGCCUGUUGCUGCCUACAAGACCCCCUGCUUCUGUGGGGAGAAAGUGAUUUUUGUUAUCUCAGCCCUCUGACAUCGUUGAUCUUUAAUCUUUCUUUUCCUAAUUCCUUGAGCCAACUUUGGUCACGUCUAUAGUCCAGUCUUGAGCCCUUUGGCAAGUUUUUGGUGUCUGAAAAGCACUCUCUGGAGCAAGUGUUUCUGGUUGAGGGUUUUGAGAGGAGGCUGUGGUCUCGGCAGGUGACCUGUCUCGGGCCUCGCAGCCAGGCCAGCCAGGUGAGGUCACCAUGUCCACGAAGGUGCCCAUCUAUCUGAAGCGUGGCAGCCGCAAGGGCAAGAAGGAGAAGCUUCGGGACCUGCUGUCCUCAGAUAUGAUCAGCCCGCCGCUGGGGGACUUCCGCCACACCAUUCACAUUGGCAGUGGUGGUGGCAGCGACAUGUUCGGUGACAUCUCCUUCCUGCAGGGCAAGUUCCACCUCCUGCCCGGGACAGUAAUUGAGGGGCCUGAGGAGGAUGGCACCUUCGACCUCCCCUUCCACUUCACCCGCACUACCACGGUAUGUGGGCGGGAGCUCCCUGAUGGCCCGUCCCCCCUGCUCAAGAAUGCCAUCUCCCUCCCUGUCAUCGGGGGGCCUCAGGCCCUCACCCUGCCCACAGCCCAGGCUCCACCCAAACCCCCUCGCCUGCACCUGGAAACCCCUCAGCCCUCCCCACAGCCUUCCCCGCAGGAGGCUGGGAGCAUGGACAUCUGGAGGAUUCCAGAGGCUGGCUCGCCCCACAAUGGGCUGACCCCCGAGACAGGGGCUGAGGAUCCCUUCUUGUCCCAUGCCAGCUCCCUGCUGUCCCUGCAUGUGGACCUGGGGCCUUCCAUUCUGGAUGACGUCCUCCAGAUCAUGGAUCAGGACCUGGACCCCAUGCAGAUCCCCACGUAGGACCUGCAGCUGACCAGGCUGGGUACCCAGGUUGGGGUAACGCUGGGGAGGCAGGUUGUGGAUGCAGCCCUGGCUUAGGAGUCAGGAUCCCAGGGUCCUACCUGUGUGGUCACUGGCCAGUGAUUCUCAUUUUGAGCCUCUGUUUCCCUCCCUCCCCUUCCUCUCCCCAUGGGCAGCGUGUGCCUCAGCGCUUUCCCUAACAACCCCCAAGGACACAUGCGGAAGUCAGCCCAGAGUGCCCUGGGCAUCUUGGGCCACCUGGACCCCCACCACCAACUGCUUCCCUCAGGCCCCUUGGAUGAAGGCUCUGCUGAAAUGGACUCCCCGUUUCCCUCCCUUCUGCCUCAGCCCCAUUUGAUGCCCUGACUGGGGGACAGGGGAAGAGGCAGGGCACAGCCAGCCGAGGGCUUGGGCAGUGGGCAGGCUGUUCGGACCUUUGGCUUCAUCCUGGACUGGGAGUGUGGUGUCGGUGACCAGAUGUGUCCCACCUUGUCCACUGCUCCAUCCCUUCCCUACAGAACCAGGAUUCUGGUUGCAAUAAAACACGCUGCUGCUAGUGGCCAAGCUCCCUGUACCCUUGUCCCAGGUUUCCUCCCAAGGGCAAGCCAGUCUCCAUGAUCAGUGGACUCACCUGGGGGAGACUCCAGCCCCAGAGGGCUUUGCAGAGGGCAGGCCCUCCCCUCGGGAAGGCUGCACCUGGUUCUGAGCCCACAGUUAGGACGAAGCAAGAACAAACCAAGUGUCAAUGUGGAUAUUCCGACAUUGAUUCAGCUGUUUGGCAAGAGGUGGCUGAGCACUGGGGUAGGCGAGGCACUGUGCCAGGCCUGGGUCCAAUCCUUGCCCAGGCCUCUGGGGUCUGUCAGGGGAGAUCCAAGAGUAAAAGAAUAGCCACAGGAUGUGUGCAAGGGACCAACAGCUGCAGAGCAGGGAGGGAAGCGUGCAGGAGGGAGGGCCGGCCUGGGGCUGGGAGGGAUUGACAAUGGUGAUCGGUGGGCUUAGCCCAUCCAUGCUGUUUAUUGAGCAACUAUGGUGUACUUGGCAUGGCUCUGGGCAAUGGGGAUACAAGGCAGAUGUGAUCUCUGCUCUCUUGGAGCUUACAUUCUAGUGGGGAGAAGGAUAUUAAAUUUGUAAAUAAGAAAUGAUUUCCAGCAGGGGUAAAUGCUAUGAAGAAAACAGUGUGAUCAGGAAUGCCUGGAGGCAGGGGGCAGGUGGUGUCAGGGCACAUUAGGGUGAUCACAUGGGAUUUUGAGCCAAAUAUGAGCUAACAGCCUUAUGCUCAUGCAUUAGCAAAGGCACUGAGGUGGCACCAGAGUGAAUGACAGAGAGGAGCCGCCACAUGGCAGAAGAGCACGGACCUCUGAGACGGACCGAGCCUGUGUGAGAUUCAGUUUCCCCAUCUCUAAAAAGGAGUCGAUGAUACCUACCCUUGCAGGGUUGUUGGGAAAUUUAGGGGUAACAUUUAUUUAUUAUUUAUUUUUUUUUAAAUUAGAGAAGGGGUCUUGCUCUUG